AUGUUUGCCCGUCUGGUCCCACUCUUCGUUUGCUUCAUUGGCAUUGCUUUGGCCAUUGCAAGCCCAGCCGAGAGCCAGAGUGCAGAUUUGGGAGGGUUGUCCAUUGGUGACAUUAUCAACGCGUUGCAGAUUGGGUUCAUCCAGAACAUCACCACGUUCAUUACUUUGGAUACUUUGAGCAACAAUAUCGCUUCCAGUCAAUUCCGCGUCAAGAAUCCUCUAAUCAUUGAGCUUACCAUCGAUUCUACGAGUGCCAAAGCUGGAUUGAAUGGAACUACCUACGCCGAAUUCACACAUACCUUCAAACCAGCUCUCGUCGUUCCCGUCCUUCGUUCAGUUGAUAGCCCAACGAUCGGUAACGUGGAUUUGGUACAGGGUGCUACCGCGUCGUUGGACAUCAUUCCAUUUGGUGUUCUGGAUCUUCAAAAUGUUGAUAUCAACAUACGCGCUGGAACUCUCUUUGGUCUCGGAGGCAUUCCUAUUCCAAUCACUGGACUCAAACAGAGCAAUGUCCCCGCUGCAUACGAUUUGGAGCUCGAUUGA